AGAAUUUACUAAAUUCCCUAUUGUAAUUUGUACUCCAGCAAAACAGGCUCCCUUUAGCGACACUGACGUGGCAUAUUGUUAUGUUUUGAAUCGUGUAACAAUAGAAGUUUCAUAAAAUACGCUAGCCAUCGCCAGCGUGCAUAUUCCGGUGGUAAGGAAAAUCCCGAUAAAAGCAGACGACAACCCACGCGUUAGCCGCACGGCGUAGCCCAAGGGCAAGAGCAGCAGAAAAGCAAGGAUCAGAAACUAAACGUAAACACAACCCGAAACUCAACACGAUGGGCUUGACCAUUUCCAGCGUACUAACUCGGUUGUUCGGCAAAAAGCAAAUGCGCAUAUUAAUGGUUGGGCUUGAUGCUGCCGGUAAGACGACGAUCCUGUACAAGCUGAAGCUGGGCGAAAUCGUUACCACCAUUCCGACGAUCGGCUUCAACGUCGAAACGGUCGAGUACAAAAACAUCUGCUUCACCGUGUGGGAUGUCGGUGGUCAGGACAAGAUUCGUCCGCUCUGGCGUCAUUAUUUCCAAAACACGCAGGGACUCAUUUUUGUGGUUGAUUCAAACGAUCGUGAGCGUAUCGUGGAAGCGGAAAAGGAGUUGCAUAGCAUGCUGCAAGAGGACGAACUGCGCGAUGCCGUACUGCUGGUGUUUGCCAACAAGCAGGAUCUUCCCAAUGCAAUGACGGCCGCUGAACUGACCGAUAAAUUGCACCUAAAUCAGCUACGAAACAGACACUGGUAUAUACAAGCGACUUGUGCCACCCAGGGCCACGGAUUGUACGAAGGGCUAGAUUGGCUGUCAAACGAGCUGGCUAAAAAGUGAUGAUAAUCUGGUCGUCUUUGUCGACCGAGCUGUGCUGGAGAAGUUUAUUUUUAAGACGCUGGUGUAUCCCUUAUACAAUUUCAUUGUUUCGUAUGAAUAAACAAUAGGAUGAAAAUUCCAACCAUUAAUAUGAGUAAACGUAA